GAAAGAGUGUCUCGUGAGUUCCUCGGGGAACGACAACACAGAGAAUGGGUUGCCUGGCUCCAAGGCGGAAGAGAAGCCACCCACAAAAGUGUGAGGCCCUGCUUUAGGCCAAGCAGCACGGGGAGGCCUGCUUUCUGAUGAAGACAUUGACGCUUGAGCCUUGUUCAUAGAACCUAUGUGCCUGAGGAGUCUGCUGCUUGGCUCAAACUAUAGUCUUUCUGGGCAGGAAGAGACCAGGGUCCUGCCUAGCCUGCUCCACCCCUUCCCCAGCCAGGGCUUCCCAGGGACAAGGACUGGCCAGGAGAGGGGGCCUUUGGAAGGUUUGGGAAAGGCAAAAGAGGGCCUGAAAUGGUCUGGAGGGGCUGGUCCCCUGACACCUGGGAAGAUGGGGGUCUUCUUCAGGUUCUCACCUGUGUCAGCAGGACCUUGGUCUUCCUCCUGAUUUUUUUUUUUUAACCUAGAGGGACUUGGGGGAUCAGUGAGAGCUGCUCCUAAAGCAGGACAUUGGAGGUGGGUUGAGGAGUAGCUGUGUGUGGAGAACAAACCCUUUUGAUGGUGGGAGUGGGCUAGAGGACUCUGGAGAAGACCUGGGGGAGAGGCUUCUGGAGAUGGGGCCAUAAUAGAGGCAAGCUGGGUUUUGAAGGAUCCCUGGUCUCCCGUGGUCCCUCUAGUGGGGAACUUCUCCCCUCCCAUUCGCACCCCACCCCCCGCCCCCUGUGCUUGAGGGAUCCCAGCUCACCUAGCCCACCCCUCUGCUCUCUAGACUGAUGAGGUGCUCAGUGAGGGCCCUCUUGAACCUUCCUAGAGCACCUGAGGGCUUCCUCUGCCUUCAGAGAUGGAUAAGCCAUUGUUCUGGGUCGCUCUCAUUGGAAUGCCUUUCCCAGCCCUACAAUGCUGGCAGCCCUGUCUUUGGCAUGGCAGGACCAUUGCCAUCCAGGCACUCUGAGCCUGGCUCCCUCUGCUCCUCCUUCUCUUGAAACACCUCUCCUUGCUUGAGAGGUGGUUCCCUCCAACCUCCUGUCCAGUUGACUUGCUCUUCCUGUGUCCCUCCAUCACACCUCACCCUGCCCCCAGGGUUGUCCAUCCCACAGCCUUGGGUUUGCCUUCACCUCAAGGACCUUCUUUGGAUGGGAGAGUCCUGGGGUUUUCUAGAUGUUUCCUGCUCAGCUGGGUCACCCCAUCUCCCAGCCCAGGACUGGAGAGGAGCAGGGAGAGGGUGCCCACACUUUUCCUCUACUCUCCACAGAGAUGGUUUGCACACCUUGAGUGUGGGGCUAGACUAUGCCUUAGCGCCUUGAGGCCUAGCUAUUACCCCCUCCUCUAGCCCACCCACCCUGAGCUAACUGCACAGUCUGGUGUGGCAGUGGUGGGGUUCCUUAGUCUCCCUCCUCAAGGUUGUGGAAGAGGCCACGAGACUGAAGUAUGGUGACUAAGUCUCGGAAACACCUGCUGGGAGGUACCUGUCUGGGACCCUGAUCAGGAGAUGUGAUGGUGUGAGAUGGGUCCUCUGAUGGAUCUGACUGCCAGGGUCCCUGUGAGAUGGACACGGAGGUGUAGUAAUGGGUCUCCGCCAUCUGCUCUCACACAGCCCCUCUUUAGAUUUCUGACACUGUGUCCUUUGUGACUCGGGGGGUGGAUGGAGAGGUGCAGGUGUCUUCUCAGAACCUCAGGGCUCCACUCAGAAGCAGCUGUUGGCUUCCCAGAGAGUGGAAGUUGGGGGAGACUGAGAACAGCAGCACCUCAGGGUGACUGUGGUCAGUGUCCCUUGUCCAUGCUGAGGGGCAUGCUGAGUCCCUCUCUGAUUUGCCUCCUCUUCUCCUGUCCUCCCCCACCACUUGUGGACUGAGGUUCAGCUGUCCAUAGUUUUGAGAGCAGACACCGGAGCCUUCAGACAUUCAGGAAGCUUCUAGCUGCCUUCAUACAAAACUGCUUUCUUCUCCCUUCCCUGUGCCAGUGUUUGAAGAGGCGGAGUGUCAUGGGACUUUGCUCUCUUGAGAGCACGCAGAGUGGGAGAGGAAGGGUGACAGCCUUCCUUUCCCACUCCUGAUCUAUUGCUGGCAUAUAGGCGACUCCCUCACCUUCUCUGGGCUCAGCUUCUCCAUCUAUCCAAUGGGUGUCAUAAUACUUACCUACCUCACAGGUCUGUCGUGAGGCUUGGCGAGUUUUGUUUAAAGUCUUUUCAACUUGGAAAGGCAUCUGGGAAACAGGUUUUAUAAUGGAAGGAAUUGUUCCAAGUCUGUCAUGUCCUCAUCUCUGUGUUCCAUGCUUCACACACACACACACACACACACACACACACACACACACACACACACACACACACUCUUUCUCUCACACACACUCACAUUCUUCCCACUCCUCUCCUUUGAAACUAUUCUUUGUAAUCUUAGACACCUUGACUCCAACUGAUGCUUAAAGUUUCUUGUCCAUGGCUCUUGUUUGGUGGUUUUCAAUAGACGUGAUUGGGGCUGUAGGGGGGGGAUAUUUUUGGCUGUCUCAAUUCUUGGGAAAAUCCUGGCAUUUAGUGGGUGAGGUCUUACGAGUGCUUAAAUGCAGUCCUGACAACAAACAUCACCAUGGAUUCGCUAUUGGAUGCAUAUGGGCAAAGCCGUGUUCCCCAAGCCAACCUGCAGUGGGUGCCAGCCUCCAAUGGUGGUCUCAGGGCUGGUGGGCUGUAGAGAGCAACUGACAAAAGAGACCUUGGGAGCCCCGGCCAUGUAUGCUACAGUGAUGUCAAUGAGACCAAAGAUCAAGUUCAGAGCUCUAACAGGAUGUCUACAUUUGAGGCUUUGGGUUUUCCCUAUGUAGGCAUUGGGCAGUAGGCAGCCAAAAUGAAGUUGUAGAGAGACAGAGGCCCGAGAGAGGGGCCGAUGGGGCACAGAAUUUUCACACCUCGUUUCACAGCUUGUGUGAGGGUGGUGGAAGGGGAGGGUGUGAUUGUGCGGAGUGAAUGCGUGCGUGUGUGUGCGUGCGAGCGUGCGUGCGUGUGUGUGUGAGCGUGCGUGUGUGUGCGUGCGUGUGUGUGUGUGUGUGUGCUGUGGCAUGACUGCAGAGUGGGUGGGCUGCACACAGAAGGGGUGAUGUGUGAUGAGAGAGACUGUGCUUUCCAGAAGCCAUGUUCUCUGGCCUGAGCGGGAGACUGGGGAAGGAUAAGAGACAGAGGGGAAGACCUGUGUUGCUCCUGGAUUCCAUCUGUCUGUGACUUAUAGACAGUUUUAUUAGAGGGCUGGGGGGAGGGUUUGACAUGAGGAGGGGCUUCUGGGGAAAAUCCUACAGCUUGCUGCACUUUGUCCUAGGUUGGAGUCCCUGCCUUCCCACCCCCACCUGAUAUGCAGUGCUUUUGACUAUCAUAUGCAUGAUUUAUUCCUCUGGCUUGGAUGACAAUACCCAUAGUCAAUUUUCCUAUAUAACUUUAUAGAUCAGUUGAUACAAUGACAGGCCUUGGGAGGCCUUGGGUCCAGGGGUGCCUCUGGAAGGCACAGACGUGCACAUCCAGCACCCACCCAUGUUUAAGCACACAAUGGAUGUGAUCAGACUGUCUUGCCUCUAUAACAUGUUUUGCAUUGUAGAAUUGUAUUUAGCUCUGCUUUGGAUGAAAUAAAAACUAUUUUUAAUAAUUUAGGUUUUUCGUUUUUGGCUAAUUGGGAGUUGGGUUCCAGUGUUACUUCCUGACAGCUGUAAUUAGGACAAGUUUAUCUACUCUGAGCCUCAGUCUGCUUGAAUCUAAAACAUUACCUACCUAGGUGAGAUAGCACAGAUAUUCACUGGCUUUUGGUUGUUUUAGUUCUGGUGCCUUCUCUGGAGAAUUUGGAAAGGUGGUUCUUUGAUACUGGAAUCAAUGUUCAGCCUUCUGUGUACUGAUGACCUGGGGAUAAUUCUGGUACCACUAAAUACUGUAAUAUUCCCUUCUCUGGGCUUCUCUGC